UUCCCCCAAUUCCAAGCGCCGGCGGAAUCGCCACCGCACCGCCGGGCCCCAGCAUCAUUUUUAAACAAUUUUUUACUGCUUCCGAUCCAAACAUCAAUAAUCUCUCUGUCACUUGUGCGUUACGCGUUGGACCUUCGAUUGUUCUUUCUCUCUCUCUCCCCAAAAUUAUUAGGAAUAUAUAAACACUGUUUUUUUGUCUUUAUCGAUCCUUUCUUCAACCACCGGUUGGGCAUUUGAUUUUCUGAUCCACACAGCAACACUCACAGCUCACAAACACUAAGAUAAAUCGGUAAGAGAGAGAGACCCUCCAUUUCUCACUGGGGUUUCUCUCUAUGAAAUAAGAGAGGAAGAGACCAAACCAAUCUCUCUCAAAACAUAGCCCACAUUUCCUUAAUACUGUUGUAUUGACACUUUUCCAGUUGAUUUAAUGUGGAAGUGAGGGGAGAAAAGUGACGGUGGGAAUCCCGUGUGUUUGUUUCUUUAACGUGUGCAAUGGGCGUUGAGCGGCAAACACUCUCUCUUCUUUCUCUCUCUUAGUAUUGAUUGUGAAGCGGUGCGAAGAAUUGGGAUAAGGAGAGUUUUUUUUAAUUGGGGAAAAUUCUUUAAUUUGGAUGGAUACUAAAGGGAGGCUUGUUGCUGGUUCACACAACAGGAAUGAGUUUGUGCUCAUCAAUGCUGAUGAGAUUGGAAAAGUGACUUCUGUGAAAGAGUUGAGUGGGCAGAUCUGCCAGAUUUGUGGAGAUGAGAUUGAAGUAACUGUUGAUGGUGAGCCGUUUGUUGCCUGCAAUGAAUGUGCAUUCCCUGUGUGUAGACCGUGCUAUGAAUAUGAAAGAAGGGAGGGAAAUCAAGCUUGUCCUCAGUGCAAAACUCGAUACAAGCGCAUCAAAGGGAGUCCUCGAGUUGAUGGAGAUGAAGAUGAGGAUGAAUUUGAUGAUUUGGAUAAUGAGUUCGAGUACAAUGGCAAUCCUCAUCAGGUUUCCGAGGCAGCUCUCUCUGGUCGGCAUAACAUUGGCCGCACUGCUUCUGGUAUCACUAAUUCCUCAGAGUUGGACGCAUCAGCUGUUAACUCGGAGAUUCCUCUCCUUACUUAUGGUCAAGAGGAUGACACGAUUUCAGCUGACAAGCACGCACUCAUUGUCCCCCCUUUUAUGAGUCGUGGAAAACGAGUCCAUCCUGCGCCGUAUACCGAUUCCUCCAUGACUCUGCCACCACGGCCGAUGGAUCCUAAGAAGGACUUGGCGGUUUAUGGUUACGGAACUGUUGCCUGGAAGGAGAGGAUGGAGGAAUGGAAGAGAAAGCAGAACGAGAAACUUCAAGUUGUUAAGCACCAAGGAGAUAAAGGUGGUUUAGAUGGAGAUGAUUUCGAAGAUCCUGAUCUUCCCAAGAUGGAUGAGGGCAGGCAACCGCUCUCGAGGAAGCUACCGAUACCUUCAAGCAAGAUAAAUCCAUACAGAAUUGUCAUUCUGCUUCGGAUUGUUAUUCUUUGUCUGUUCUUUCACUAUAGAAUUCUAAACCCUGUCAAUGAUGCCUAUGGGUUAUGGCUAACGUCAAUUAUAUGUGAGAUAUGGUUCGCCGUAUCAUGGAUAUUUGACCAGUUCCCAAAGUGGUCCCCUAUUAAGAGAGAAACAUACCUGGAUAGGCUCUCACUGAGGUAUGAGAAAGAAGGAAAACCCUCUGAGCUAGCUUCUGUGGACAUAUUUGUUAGUACAGUGGAUCCAAUGAAGGAACCUCCGCUUAUUACUGCAAACACAGUUCUGUCGAUACUUGCUGUGGAUUAUCCAAUCGACAAGGUUGCAUGCUAUGUCUCUGAUGAUGGUGCUGCCAUGCUUACUUUUGAAGCUCUUUCUGAGACCUCCGAGUUUGCUAGGAAAUGGGUUCCGUUCUGCAAAAAAUUUAAAAUUGAGCCUCGGGCUCCUGAAUGGUACUUUGCUCAAAAGGUUGACUACUUGAGAGACAAAGUAGAACCAACGUUUGUGAGGGAACGUCGUGCAAUGAAGAGAGAAUAUGAAGAGUUCAGAGUUCGAAUAAAUGCGUUGGUCGCCAUGGCUCAAAAGGUUCCUGAGGAGGGAUGGACGAUGCAAGAUGGAACUCUGUGGCCUGGGAAUAACGUCAGAGAUCAUCCCGGAAUGAUCCAGGUUUUCUUAGGUCAAAAUGGUGUCCGUGAUAUAGAAGGGAAUGAGUUGCCUCGCCUUAUAUAUGUUUCUCGUGAGAAGAGGCCAGGAUACGAUCAUCACAAGAAAGCUGGUGCUAUGAAUUCUUUGAUACGAGUGUCAGCCGUCAUUUCAAAUGCUCCUUACCUACUCAAUGUCGAUUGUGAUCACUAUAUAAAUAACAGCAAGGCCCUUCGGGAAGCUAUGUGUUUCAUGAUGGAUCCGCAAUCUGGAAAAAAGAUAUGCUAUGUGCAAUUUCCUCAAAGAUUUGACGGAAUUGAUAGGCACGAUCGAUAUUCAAAUCGCAAUGUUGUCUUUUUUGAUAUAAACAUGAAGGGGCUUGAUGGGAUCCAAGGCCCCAUUUACGUGGGAACUGGAUGUGUCUUUAGGAGACAAGCAUUGUACGGAUACGACGCCCCCAAGAAGGCUAAACCCCCUGGCAAGACAUGCAAUUGUUGGCCAAAGCUGUGUUGCAAUGGCUGCUGUUUUGGAUCAAAAAGGAAGGGCAAGAAAGGGAAGUCAAAGGAGAGUAAGAAAAAGACUAAAAGCAAGGAACUUUCAACUCAGAUUCAUGCUCUGGAGAAUAUUGAGGAAGGAGUUGAAGGAAUCGACAGCGAAAAAUCAUCCCUCAUGCCCCAGAUCAAGUUUGAGAAGAAAUUUGGGCAAUCACCAGUUUUCAUCGCUUCAACACUUCUAGAAAAUGGCGGUGAACCUCAUGGAGCAUCGUCUGCAUCGCUCUUGAAAGAAGCUAUUCAUGUCAUCAGUUGUGGUUAUGAAGAUAAAACAGAAUGGGGGAAGGAGGUGGGAUGGAUUUAUGGUUCUGUCACGGAGGAUAUCUUGACUGGAUUUAAGAUGCACUGUCAUGGCUGGCGAUCAGUGUACUGCAUACCAAAAAGACCUGCAUUCAAGGGGUCGGCUCCAAUCAAUCUUUCAGAUCGUCUGCACCAGGUUCUACGUUGGGCCUUGGGAUCAGUGGAAAUUCUCUUAAGUAGGCAUUGCCCUAUUUGGUAUGGCUAUGGAUGUGGUCUGAAACCACUCGAGAGAUUUUCAUACAUCAACUCAGUCGUAUAUCCAUUGACUUCGCUUCCCUUGAUUGCUUAUUGUACCUUGCCAGCCGUUUGCUUGAUAACCGGGAAAUUCAUCGUCCCCCAGAUCAGCAAUUAUGCCAGUUUAGUUUUCAUGGGCCUCUUUAUAUCAAUCGCCGUAACAAGCAUUCUGGAGAUGCAGUGGGGAGGAGUCGGAAUCGACGACCUGUGGAGAAACGAGCAGUUUUGGGUUAUCGGUGGUUGCUCGUCUCACUUUUUCGCCUUAAUCCAAGGUCUGCUCAAAGUUCUGGCCGGUGUGAACACAAACUUCACCGUGACCUCAAAAGCUGCGGACGAUGGAGAGUUUUCAGACCUCUACCUCUUCAAGUGGACGUCUCUAUUGAUCCCUCCCCUGACUUUAUUGAUCCUUAACAUCAUCGGAGUUGUGGUUGGGGUCUCAAAUGCCAUAAACAAUGGGUACGAGUCGUGGGGGCCUCUAUUUGGCCGGCUGUUCUUCGCCAUUUGGGUGAUCGUGCAUUUAUACCCUUUCCUGAAAGGUUUCAUGGGGAAACAAGACCGAGUCCCCACCAUUAUUCUCGUGUGGUCUAUUCUUCUGGCGUCCAUCUUCUCGUUGCUGUGGGUCCGCAUCAACCCGUUUUUGUCAAGAGGCGGAAUCGUGCUGGAAGUUUGCGGCUUGGAUUGUGACUGAUUGGACGCAACUGGUUUCAGUUGGCACAUAGAAAAAGCGACGUAGGAUGCACUACACGGAGCAAAUAUGAUCGAUGUCGGGUUUUUCGCUCGAAGCAUUUUUGGUAUAAGCAACUGGGAAGGCUGCUGCUUUGUAGAUACAAGAAAAGGUGCUCAUUUUGUUACCUUAUUUAUUCUUUGGAUUAGUUUGUGCUGUGUUUGUCUUCCUACAAGAAACAACCAUGAUUUAUAAUCCCUUCUUAAUAAGGAGGUAAAUACAGUUGAUUUUUUUUAAGGAAUUGUUGAUUGUGAUUGCUAUUUCUGAACUUGAUUUCUACUUUUUUUUUUGUACCUGGAUAGAUACAGAUGUAUGUCAAACAAAACAAUAUAUAUUCUUCAUUGAGUUUAA